ACUACAUUCAGAUAAAUCAUGUACAUAAACUAAAUUAGUAUCUCAGAUAAACAUCCUCUUAUCGUCUAGCUUCUGUUUUAAAUGCGUUUCUGUAAGCGAGUUUGAACUUUAAAACACAUCGCAUAUGGCGUCCAUGUGCGCGAGCUUGCGUCUCCGUGUAAAUAACGUGGAGCUCAUAAUAAAACGAUGUCGCGUGUAAAGCCCAAUGUAUGGAAUGCGUUGCAUGUAAACAAUAUCAUAUAACAGCAGAUCCCCCAGUGCAGCAUUACUCAAAGUUGCCAUGAAGGAUACGAAAGUGAAUAACUGUGUCUAACACUGUACAGCAUGUAACAAUGAAAUCCGCCAUUAUACAUGAUCACGCGCACUCGUUUGUAAAUAAGCAUGUAAACAUGGAAUCAUAUUACAGCACACACUUAAAAGAUACAGCAGUGCAGCAUUACAGAAAGUUUUUCAAUCCGAAGCGUGCAGUCUGCUGAGGUUGCUUAUGUAGGCUGAACUGCACAAGCCAUAACAUAUUACAUGAUAGCAAAUAUAAUGAAGACAAAUGAAUUACAGUUUCUUCAGGAAUAUAUCCUCCUCCAUUGGGUCUUCCAUUGUUCUUUUUCUUAGGUAACGUUAAUCAAAUUCUUAGGUAACUUCUCUUCCUCAAUGUCCAGACAUAAAUGAAGAUAUUCCUCACGUGUGUGUAUAAAGUUUAUAAUCCAAACAUGCGGUAAAGUCUUUAAAUCUGAUAAAACUUUACACUUUGUUUAUUAUUGUUGGAACUGCUGGUCUCUUCAUUACCAUGUCAACAGCCUGUGGGCGUGACCGCAUUAGAGAUAUUGAGCUCAGCCAGGAAAAAUGAUACUCUCUUUACUUCAACACAGAUUAUAUAAACAGGAAAUAUUUGUUUUUGAUUAUAAUUAGCUUGUUUAAAAGUAGACAUUUCAGGCUUUCUUUGGAUAUGUGUAUUAUGUUUGUGUGACGAGUAUUCGCUGAGUUUCAACUGAUUUUUGUAACGUGAUUUGAGAGACAGCUGGCGGAGAAAGAAAUGUCUGAAUGCGCACCCUGUUUAUUUUCUUUAUUUGACAAAAACACAAAGAUGUCUUGUUAUUGUGAAUGUACACUAAUUAAAGAGGAUCCUUCAGAGUUUCAAAUGAUGUCAAACACGUAAGUGUUUGAUUAUUAAUGAUGGAGUAUUUUAAGUUGAUUCUGCUAUGAUAAGGAGAAAACACGUCAAAACGCGUCCCCGCGUUUUUGGACCCCUGGGGGUUAAGCACUACAGUGAUUAAACAUGUUUUCCUCAUUACUUUUCGGUUUUAAAAAGUUAACAAAUUGAUUAAAUUUAUGUUAGAAUUUAAUUAGAAGUUAUGCAAAACCACGUGUGUUAAACAUUUUAAGGCAGGUCAAAUUUGUUGUUGAUGAUGAUGAUGCAGUAAUUUUUUUAAAACACCUUUUUGGGAUAACACAGGAUAACAGUUUUCCUUUCUCCAAAGAGUAAAAUUAAAAAGACAACACUACAUUGCAAAAACCCUAACUGUAAAAAACUUCAGAUGAACACCUCCUAGAAAACUUUUAUUAUUUUUUAUAUAAGCUGGGUAUGAAGAGGAAUUCCCCUCUUACUGAACCAAUAUACACAGUAAAUUAUCUGGUGUUGAUUUUGCGGUGUUACAAUAAAGUGUUAAAGAAAAGUGUUGAUUCAACACUAUAUAGGUUCAAGUUAACACCAGAAGUGUCAGUUUUAAAUAAGAGUUAGUGUAAUUCUGCGGAGUUAAAAGCAUUAACUCUGGUUUGGAGUUAAUCAAGCCACACCUCCGUUUACGUGCUAACGUCCUACCAGACCAGCAGAGACCAGCACGUGCGGACCCGGACACCAUUUUCUUUCUAUGGAAGAUACUGGUAAGUUCGAUAUUUUCUCCUGAUAAUACAGUUAAAUCAGAUAAUACGUUUUUAAUAUUAAUUCAUUGCUUAGUAUUUUUUUAUGUAAGUUUCUAUUGUUUGCACGCUCAAAUAACUAAUAAUUAUUAGCUCGUGGCCUCAUAAUGUAAUCAUGCAAAAUAGUAGUAAUGUUGGUCAUCGUGUCUCAUGCACAGAGAUUUUUACACUUAUUUCUAUAUCAUGACAAUUCGCUAAAUGUUGUGCAUAUUCCACGCACACGCGGCACAUGUGGUCAUCAGUAACUACCCGUGUAAGUUACACGUGCGAAGCACGUCGUCCGCCAUUUUAGUGGGUAAACUGUUAAGUGAGAAGCUUCGUGUUUUAAAGAAAUUGACCAAACAAGAUGAACAUUUAAAAAUGAUUAUUUAAAGAUUCUUUUUGGAUAAGUUUAUGUUUUCAGUUAAACUUGUGUGAAUAGUUGUCGUGUAAUAAAUUUGACGGAAACACACUGGACAGGUAUGUUCCUUAUCUCCCAACAUCACGAAAGUUUGUUGAAGGUACUAAUUGUGAAACACCAACGUUAACCAUACUGUAUGAGCUCGUUUGUUAAAGUUUGUUAAAUAUGCGGUGCUACUGCUACAUUUACAACAAUGUCCUUGGACAUAGUUGGACCCAUUACGGAUCCGCCUCGGUGCCAAGUUAUUGUUAUCAGGUAUGAGCUCGUCUCUUAAAUCGCGUAAGUUUGUUAUAUGGACUUAACUUAAUACACAUCCGUUUAUCAUAUUGCAUGUGCUCCUCGUUUGUGGGUUUUUUUUUUUUUACAUCGCACAACUUUGUUUAAUAUAUGCGGUACCGUUACAUUUAAAACGGCGGCCUUCACCAUAGUAUACAGUAUGUUCGGGUUUUUUUUUUUACAUCGCACACGUUUGUUAAAUACAUGCAGUAUUACGUUUAAAAACGGCCUUCGCCAUAGUAUACUGCAUGUUCGUUUUUUUUUACGUCGCACACGUUUGUUAAAUACAUUCAGUACUACGUUCAAAAAACUGCCUUCACCAUAGUACACUGUAUGUUCGUGUUUUUUUACAUCGCACUCGUUUGUUAAGUACAUGCAGUACUACGUUUAAAAAAAAACGGCCUUCGCCAUAGUAUACUGUGAAUGUUCGUUCCCCCUUAAUGUAUACAUUAAUAAUGUGCUUGUUGUUUUGUUGUUCCAGCGCUUUCUGCGUUGCAAUGCUGCAUAACUGUCACGUUUACAUUGCGAAAACAAUAAUUGUACAGUCAUUAUUGUUUAUGUUAGUUCAUUGUGAAUUAACUUAUGGUAACAGUUACAAGUUUUAAAUAAAAAUGAAAUGCUGGAUUUAACAUGAAUUAGUAUUAAUAAAUGUUGCAGAAGUAUUGUUCAUUGUUAGUUUAUGUUAGCAAAUGAUAACAAAUACAACCUUAUUGUAAAGUAUUAAUCAUAUUUUUAAAAUCAAACCAUAUAAUAGAAUUUAUAGCAAGCCAUUUAUAUAUUGGUAUUCUGUUCCAUCCAAGUUCAGAGGUAAGAGAUGCUCAUUAAAGCACAAUUUCGGAACCAGAAGAAGUUCAUCAAAAUCCCAGAGGCUUGCUUUGACAUAUUCAUAGAGGAGGUGAAAGAGAAAUUCUCAAUACCUGAAGAUGUUGCAGUUACAGUUACAGAUGAAACUGGAACAGAGGUGGAUAAAGAUGUGUUUCCGGAUCUGGCAACCACCAGUGGAUUAAUUUUUGUCAUAAAUGAUGAAAUGCGGGGUGAUGGACCUUCCACACCUCGAUCUUCAGUCAGCUUAGAUACAGAUACAGUGUCUGUAACUUCAAAAAGCAGUGAGGACAGUGACUGGUUUAGUCCAAAACGAUUCAGACAGGAUGAGGAUGAGGCUUCACAGAGCUCACAGGCCAGAGAUUUGAUAAAACAAAUUCUACAGAAAAGACCGGGUGGGGCAAAUGUACUGAAGGAAUAUGAAGAUACAGGGACAAUUAGCGAUGAAAUGAGAAAAGUGAUGGUGAACAUCCUAGUUGCACACAUGACAGAGACAGAAGGGAGGGUCCCGCAUCGAAUUACCAAACAAAAGUAUGGUUUGGGAAUUAUCACCUUGUUUCCCUCACUCAGAGAUCCCCAAGGGAGGACUGGAUAUGAACAUUUUUAUGAUGGCCAAAGAAACACUGGAUUCUUGUCAUGGCGCCUAAAGACAGUACAAAGAGGAACAAAACCUUCCGGGAGAAAGGAUGAUCCAAAAAUGGAGGAAAAGGGAGGCCCUUUGCUUGAAAGACAGAUCUGUUGUCAUGAAGAUCAGCUAGAUGAUAAUCAAAGCCUAGAAGCAAUUUCUUUAAUGAGUCAUACAAGCGACCGUGAGGUCAUCAUGCAGAAGAUGAGGGCAACGUUUGAAUAUAGGCAGCGCCUUGUCCAUGAUCCAGAGAGAUGCACCACCAUUUUAUCAGUUUUCCCCAGAUUUCUGGAUACUAAAGGAUUGAUUCUUCAGGACUUCACACUCCUCUUUGGGUCAGAAACUGCUUCCAGGCUUUUGGAAAGGUGGCCAACUGUUUUCAAAUCGAGGGUUAUCAAGCUAGCAGAGCCUUUGCCUUCUACUCCAUUGUUGAAAAGAUUAUUGUCAUCUGCCAAACAGAACAGAGAAAGCAGCAGCGCACAGGAUUCCCCAGAAUGGGACAGUGACAUAUCGUCCUUCCUUCUACUUCUGCACCUAUUAUCACCACAGGCUUCUGGAAGAAAGAAAACCCAUAAGAUCAGUAUUUCUCAGGCUGUUGACCAUCUUGUGGUGUUUCACAAGGCAUGUCGGAGUCUAGAGGAACACCUUGAGACUGAAGAGAAUCGUCAACCCUACAUUCUUGCCUCCGGGAGCAGCAAGGAAGCCAUCAGUCGAUUCUUCAUUGUGGUUGAUAAAAAGAUCAUCCCUUGCCAAGAAUCCUCUUCGCUAGCAGCACUAGAUGAACUCUUUAAGGUCCAUUUUGUUUUCAGCAUCAGUUAUGAUCUGCCACUCAAAAACAUGUACACUUUUCUCCAAACGACAGUUUACAAAAUUGAUGUCGGCACAACCAGUGAAAGCCCAAGGGUAAAGGAAAUCAGAGCCAAAUUUUUGAAUGAUCUUUAGAUGCUACAUCUGCAAAUCACUGCUUGAUACUAUUACAAAAUUAUUUAGGCACCUUAAACUUGUACAUGGUUUGUAUCCUGGAAAGAAAUUUGAGUUGGUUUGUGGCCAGGAUGGCUGUUCCUUGCAAUUUAAGAGUUACGCAGGGUUUAAAAAACAUUUAGUUAGGUUUCAUUCGAGUGGUGUAGCAUCAAGCAGUGCAGAAGAAUCUCUGCCUAAUCAGCAUGUUCCAAAUCCUGAUGAAGCAGUAUCACCUGUUGUGUCUGACGAUGAACAAAAUUUACCAGUUCCAAGUUUCCAUGACUGUUCUGCUGUGGCAAGGGACCAUUCCAGGGAAAUGUGUGCAUCCUUAAUAGCUAAAUUGCAGGGUAACGGUGUUGCAAAUAGUGUCAUAAUGUCAGUAAUUGAAAGCAUGGAGAAUUUUGUUAAUGAUUUCCAUACAAGUUUAAAGGAAAAAAUUUUAAAUGUUUUGCCUGUUGAUGGCACAACUAGGAGUUCAGUUGAAGAAGUUUUUAAUAGUUUUCAUAAUUCAUUCUCAGAUUUUAAUACUGAUAGCAAAUGGAAAAAAUAUUUUAGUGAGAAAUGGGGGGUUGUUGAACCUGUUGAAGUGCAUCUGGGUGUCAGAUAUGAUUUAAGGAGAAAUAAAAUCUCAGGAAUGUAUGAGCAAAUACCAGUUAAUGAGAGUUUCAUAUAUAUCCCUCUUCUGAAGACUCUAGAGUUUAUUUUUAGAAAUGAUGAAAUUUGCCAUCUUAUGCAAGAGAAACAACAAAGUGACAUGUAUCAAGAUUUUUGUGACGGACAGUAUUACAAAAAACAUCCUUUGUACUCCAGCCAUAACAAUGCUCUUCAGAUCCAGAUUUACUAUGACGAUUUUGAAACUGCAAACCCUUUGGGGUCUAAACAAGGCAUACACAAGCUUGGCUGUUUAUAUUUUGUGCUUCGUAACCUACCACCACGUGUAAAUUCUUCCCUAAUGAACAUUCAUUUAAUAUCUUUGUUCCAUUCUCAAGAUGAAAGAAAAUAUGGAAUGGACAAAAUACUUGGCCCAUUGGUUGAAGACGUGAAAAUACUUGAGCACACAGGAAUGAAAGCAUCAUUUUCUGAGGAGCCUAUUUUUGGUACUAUUGCGCAAAUUACUGGUGAUAACCUAGGUCUUAAUGGUAUUCUUGGUUACGUUGAAUCUUUUUCUGCAAAACAUUAUUGCAGGCUUUGCCUUACUGACAAGGUUUUGGCACAGACUGUAUUUAGUGUGGAUGAUCCACGAGUGAUAUUGCGUAAUAGAACCCUAAAUGAGGAACAUUACAAGUAUCUUGCUGACAAUCCCAAUGAAAACUCCUAUUUUGGUAUUAAAAGAAACACUGUACUCAAUACCUUGACUUAUUUUAAUGUAUCGGAUAAUUUUGUUUUGGAUAUUAUGCAUGAUAUCUUGGAGGGAGUUGCGCAAUAUGAAGUGAAAUUGCUUUUCGAGUAUAUGAGUCACAGCCUAAUUUCUGAAGCUUCUAUUCUUCAAAGAGUGUAUGCCUUCAACUAUGGAUAUUUGGACAAAAAUAACCGUCCAACCAAGAUUAACCUUCAACAAGCAGGUAACAGCAUUGGGCUCAAUGCAAGUCAGACCUUAUGUCUCAUUAGGAACAUUCCUCUCAUUUUUGGAGAUGUAGUCCCAGUUGGUGAUAAACACUGGAAUUUGAUGUUGCUCCUUUUACAUAUUGUUAAUAUUGUUUUUUCCUCUUGCAUUUCUGAAGGAAUGACAAUAUUUUUAAAGCAUCUCAUAGCGGAGCAUCAUCAGUUGUUCAAGGAGUUAUAUCCUUUAAAGAAUCUAAUUCCAAAGCAUCACCUCAUGAUUCACUACCCUGAAUGCAUCAGGCUAAUUGGCCCAUUGGUCCACGUAUGGACAAUGCGAUAUGAAGCAAAACACAGGUUUUUUAAGAAAAAUCUAAAAAAUUUUAAAAAUCUGACCAAAUCUCUUGCAAGAAAACACCAGUUAGCCAUUGCAUACCACUGGGAGUCAAAUUCUAUCAAAGGUAUUGAGUCUGGACCUGUGUCAAAUGAAUUGUUGAGUGAUCUUGAAAACUGUGAUUUUAUAUCAGAGGAACUCGAUGUUGAUCUUUCCAGCCAGUUAAUGGUCACACCGUGGGUUAAAAGUCAAGGUAUUGAGUAUCGCAGUGGUCUUGUUGUUUGCUUAGACUUUGUUGAUGAUGCACCUGUAUUUGGAAAAAUUCAUCAAAUUCUUUUGAAAGAUGGCAUUUAUUUGUUACUAUUGUGUAUGGAAUCAGAGUUUGUUGAACAUCUCCAUGCUUAUAAUGUUGUUGUGCAAGAAGAAAAUCUUGUUCUCAAAAAACCUCAGGACUUGUAUUUCUACAAGCCAUUUGAUAUACAAAUGUCCUAUGGCAAUGAUACUCUUUUUUACAUUGUGCUGGACUGUUACUUAUAGUAAUACAUUUAAGAUGCAGGUUUUAUGGAUUUUAUGAAGUUCUGUGCUUAAAUAAAGUUUUAAAGUAACAGAGUGAUGUGUUCUUGGUGCAUUUGUUUUUAGAUAAUUUUUUUUUAAUUUUACAG